AUGGAGGUCACUGAGGCAGCAGCGCGGGCCACGUUCGGAGCCUGGGACUACGGGGUCUUCGCCCUCAUGCUGCUCGUGUCCACCGGCAUCGGGCUCUGGGUCGGGCUGGCUCGGGGCGGGCAGCGCAGCGCCGAGGACUUCUUCACCGGGGGCCGCAGCCUGACGGCCCUGCCGGUGGGCCUGUCCCUGGCCGCCAGCUUCAUGUCGGCCGUGCAGGUGCUGGGCGUGCCCGCCGAGGCCUACCGCUACGGCCUCAAGUUCCUCUGGAUGUGCCUGGGCCAGAUGCUCAACUCGCUGCUCACCGCGCUGCUCUUCAUGCCCGUCUUCUACCGCCUCGGCCUCACCAGCACCUACCAGUACCUGGAGCUGCGAUUCAGCCGCGUGGUACGGCUCUGCGGGACGGUGCAGUACCUGGUGGCUACAGUGCUCUACACCGGCAUCGUGAUCUACGCACCUGCGCUCAUCCUGAACCAAGUGACCGGGCUGGACAUCUGGGCGUCACUCCUGUCCACCGGAAUUAUCUGCACCUUUUACACGACUGUGGGCGGCAUGAAGGCUGUGAUUUGGACGGAUGUGUUCCAGGUGGUGGUGAUGCUCGCUGGCUUCUGGGCCAUCCUGGCCCGUGGCACCGUGCUCAUGGGAGGGCCCUGGCGUGUGCUCAGGCUCGCUCAGAAUCACUCGAGGAUCAACCUGUUGGAUUUCGACCCUGAUCCUCGCAGCCGCUACACGUUCUGGACGUUCGUGGUGGGCGGCACGCUGGUGUGGCUCUCGGUGUACGGCGUGAACCAGGCCCAGGUGCAGCGCUACGUCGCCUGCCGCACGGAGAGGCAGGCCAAGCUGGCCCUCCUCAUCAACCAGCUGGGCCUGGUCCUGAUCGUGUCCAGUGCGGCCUUCUGCGGCAUCGUCAUGUUUGUGUUCUACAACAGCUGUGACCCCCUCCUCACAGGGCGCAUCUCUGCCCCAGAUCAAUACAUGCCCCUGUUCGUGCUGGACAUCUUCAAGGACCUGCCUGGAGUCCCCGGGCUCUUCCUUGCCUGUGCCUACAGUGGCACCCUCAGCACCGCGUCCACCAGCAUCAAUGCCAUGGCCGCGGUCACCGUGGAGGACCUCAUCAAGCCCCGGAAGCCCAACCUGGCGACCCGGAAACUCAUGCUGAUCUCCAAGGGACUCUCGCUCAUCUACGGCUCAGUCUGUCUCACGGUGGCGGCUCUGUCCUCGCUGCUGGGGGGUGGUGUCCUCCAGGGGUCCUUCACGGUCAUGGGUGUCAUCAGCGGCCCCCUGCUAGGGGCCUUCAUGCUGGGGAUGUUCCUGCCUGCCUGCAACACGCCCGGCGUCCUCUCUGGCCUAGUCAUGGGCUUGGCGCUCUCGCUGUGGGUGGCCAUGGGCGCCACGCUCUACCCGCCCAGCGCCCAGAUCAUGGGAGUCCUGCCAUCAUCCACUUACGGCUGCGGGACUCUCUCAGCCAACGCCUCUGAUCUUCUGGAGCUGACCCUUACCACCAACGCCUCCAGCAGGACCUCCAGCUCCAGGGUGGCCCCGGGCAGGCCGGCUCUAGCUGACAGCUUCUACGCCAUCUCCUACCUGUACUACGGCGCCCUGGGCACGCUGACCACCAUGCUGGGCGGGGCCCUGGUCAGCUACCUGAGCGGCCCCACCAAGCGCAGUGCCCUGGGCCCUGGGCUGCUCUGGUGGGACCUUGCUCGACAGACGGCGUCAGUGGCCCCCAAGGAGGAGAUCACUGCCCUGGACGACACAUUGGUGAAGGGAACUGAAGAAAUCCUUCCUGGAACCAAAAAGCCCCCUGGAUCCCUGCCCAACGAUGAGGACCAUCCGCUCUUCCUGGGGCAGGAGAUGGAAGGGACCGCUGGCCCUGGACACGUUGGUGGCCAUGACCAUGGAGAGACGAACCUCUGA